ACGAAAGAAACUGAAGAAGAGUCAGAGAGAGGCAUUAUUAGGAAAGAAGAUGAAGCUGACGUGGAAAAACCAGAGCAAGAAGAAGCGCCCUCUCUCCUCCAUUUCCCACUUUGAGGACCUGCCUUUCGACCACAAGAACCAUCAUCAGACAAAUCCUAAGGCCGCCCAACAAGCUCCAAACGACGAAGAACACAAAACCCUAGCUCCUGAUCGUCAGGACGAUGGUGGCCCCGAGCAGGAGGAUGAGGAUCCCGCCAAACUCGCCGAGGCCUUUCAGGCACGGGGAAACAAACUCGCUGAGCAAGGGAGGUACCGUGAAGCACUUGGGAAGUGGGAAGCAGCUCUUAAUUUAACGCCAGAAAAAGCUGUAUUACAUGAACAAAAGGCUCAAGUUUUACUUGAAAUUGGAGAAGCAUGGCAUGCUUUGAAAGCAGCAACUCGUGCUACUGAGUUGGAGCCAUCUUGGGCUGAGGCCUGGACCACCCUUGGUAGAGCACAACUGAACUUUGGGGAGCCUGAUAAUGCUAUUGAAAGCUUUGACAGGGCAUUAGCUAUCAAGCCUGAUUCUGUUGAGGCACAAGGCGACAGACAAACUGCAUCACAACUUGUGAAGAAGCGUAAGCAGCUUCACACGUCAGGCUUGAGUCCUACUAAAAAUCGUUAUGUGGUAGGUGACAAAUCAGAGAACUCCUGAAGGUAGUCUGCCCAGCCAGCAUGCCUCUUUGGCUGCAGAAGAGUGUGAGAGAGAAACUUAAGCAUCCUCCACACAUUUGCCAUUCUGGAAGCAGGAAGCAGGAAGCAGGAAGCAGCUAGCUAGUUGUUCAGGCUGUGCAGGAUAGCCACCAUAAAUGUCUUUAUUUUCAUGUGAGAUGUAGCUAAAACCAAACUUUGGGCUUUAGGUAAAGAGAAGAAAGAUGGAGGCAGGCAGGAAGUGAGCUAUUGCGAAAGAAUUGAGGAAGUCUUGUAAUUUGUACUUACUGCAAAACAUCAAAUAAAAUAGCUGAAUUUGGUUUCA